UGAGAAACUUGGUUUUGGUUCAGAAAAUCAAGAAGAAAAACCAGUCAAAAAAGAUGACAUUACCGAAAAUGAGGAAUUAAAAAACAAUCAAACUCUAACUAGUUCAGAAAGACAAACAAGAUUACAACAAAAUCAGCAAAAAUUAGACCAAAUUCAGAGUAUUUUUAAUUCCAAAGAUACUCAACAACAACCAACUAAUAAUAAUUUCCCUACUGUAAAAGAUAAAAACUUUUUAAGAACAUUCAGAGAUGAAUUAAAUGGAGCAUCAGCGGAAUUCCCAGCCUAUUUUUGGGAAUGUAUUCCGGUAUCGAGCAACACAAUUGAUAAAGAAUUUGAGUUCGUAUUGGUUAAUUCAGGAGCCUUAAACAACAUUAGGCAAGAUUAUUCCAGUUUUCAAGAGCAUUUUAGAAAAAGCAAUGAUGGUCAAGCAGUAAGUUUUUCCAGUUUUAGCGGUGAUACUUUAAUUGUUCCAGUUCCCCAAGGUGCUGAUUAUAAAAACAUUACUAAAUUCACUAAUAAUACUUCGUUAGAGCAAUGGAAUGCUCUUUGGCAAAAAGUAGGUGAAAAAAUGGAGGAAAAUUUAAUUAAUGCUGGUGGUGCUACUCGCUGA